AUGGCGGACUCCAAUGACCGUCUUAAAGUUGAUGAGCCAAUAAGCAGUAGAUGGCCUAAUGCUCCAGCGGAGGGGGGACCGGUGGGUAUUCAACAAGCGCAGACGAACAGUACCUUACCAGUAGUCAGUACAGCACAAGUGGCCCCUAUUAGCGUGUCACCAUCGGUGUACGCGGCAAACACUCCGUUGGAAAACGGUAAAGAAGUCUCUCGUGCUGAUAUUGAUCUCGCUAAACGUCAUCUUAUGGUGUAA